AUGCUCCGGGCGCUGAGCAGUCGUCUCCGCGAUACCCUCAUCGGCGACGUCGUGCGCGGCGUCCACGUCGGUCUCGACACCGCGCAGAGCGAGAUUGGCCGCGCCGGCAGCCUCGAGAGCGUCAACCUGCGCUGGAUCCGCGUCAACGACUUCCUCACCUCCCACUCGGACAGGCGGUCGCCCAGCCCGGACUUGGGCGCGGACGAGCCCGAUCGCGACGAAGGGCUCGGCCCCUCGGGAUGCGGCGGGGCAUCUGGAUCGAUAUACGGCAAGAAGCGCGCGCGGGAGGGCGACCUCGACCCGUCGCACUUCCUCCGACUGCCCCUCCUCCUCUUGAGAAUGCCCACAUCGCUUAAAAACGUGGUAACCGAAUGGCUCAGCGGCGUGUUCGACUGCCACAUCAGCCCGCUAAGCCUCGGCACCCGCGGCCUCGUCCGGAUCUGGGAAACAUGGCUCAAGAGCGUGCCCCUCCCCACACAAGGCCCCGCAGCCAAAGAAGUCGUCAUCACCCUCGGCUUUUCCCUCCCACACCUCGCCGACGAGCCAGCCGACGGCACAUCCGACAACGAGCAGCGGGACGGAAACGACAAUGUUCCGCGCGGCGUGCAGCAAGGCCUGCGCUCCAUCGACAUCACGAUGCAGCCCGAGGACAUUUCCCGCUUCGUCGAGGCCGGCCUCCGCAUCGCGCAGAACCGGACCGCCGCCGGACCGAAACCCUGGGUCGGCGACGCGCGGACGCGCAGGAUCCUGGCCGGCGGGCACGAGCAGGACGGCUGGGCGUGGAAGACCGAGGCCGGCCAGACGGGCGACGAGGCCGACGACGAGCAGCCCUUUGUCGACGCCCUCGCCUUGUACCUGGAUACGCAUCUCGCGCUCAACCUGUUCCACCCCAGCGUCCGCGUCACGAAAAUAGCCUCGUCCGGCUUCGUGCUCACGGGUUCGAGGCUCAAGGUUUCCAAGACGAAGGAGACCAAGGCCGUGUGCCGCUUGCUGGCGGAUAUCACGCGGACGAGUCUCGGGACGGAAGUGGCGCAGAUGUUUAAAUAA